AUGAUCAAAAAAUGUCUAUCUGACCGCUCACCGGAUGUUUUGAACUCUUGUCGGAAAAGAUGGUUGAAUAUUUCCGCAGCCCCCGCAAAAGGUAAGCUGGAAUUUUUAGGAACUGAUACUUGGUCUAGAGGCAAUUUAUGUGCAAAAUGUGGAGAAUAUGGUCACACUCUGAGAUAUUCCGUUUAAAAAUUUUCGCAGUUUCCAAAAAAAUCUUAAUUUUUUGAGACUCGAACUUGCUUCUUUUCUUUCUCUACGUUCUCUAAAUUACCGUUAGAGAACGACUCCGUCUGAGUCGUCAGACUUUUUCUUGCACUUACUUAUAUCCUCAAAGGCCCUUUCCAUUGACCUUGGCUUAGGCUACUUUGAACCCGGAUUUAUUAUUUAUUACAAUCUCUUAUUUUUGAGCUCACAGACAUAAACAAGCGUUCGAGGAUUUCCGAAUUCAAAAAUCUCACAAUAAAAAAUUUUACAUUCUUGAUGGAUGGUAAUACUUUUUAUUAAAUAUUUUUUGUGCCUUAUCUUCAAUUCGAAAUAUAUUCACAUAUGUUUUCAAAUAAGUGGCCGGGAAACAGUUAGAAAUGGUGGAAAUCGCAAGUUUUAAGUUUUUUGCCUUUAAGGAAGUGCCUAAAAGUGCUUGAAAAUUUAAAGUGGACUUCUUAGGUAGAUUUUUUUGAAAGUUUCUUGUCUAAAUUUGGCAAAAGUGCAUAAAUCUUCAGGUUUUUUGCUCACAAUGUAAGUGCUUUAUUACGGAUAUUUUCUAGAAAUAAAACUUGCUUGCUGCUUGUGUCUGGGCCACACGUCAAUUCUUGUAAAUUUUAUUUCGCAUCUUGCAAAGGCAGUCAAGAAAUUCAACGAUUUUUUUCGGCGAAUGAGUACGCCAAAGGUGCGGAGAGUGGCAGAGAAAGAAGCGUUCUUUAGCAAUGUUUCUCCCAAAAAUAUAGAAAGAUGCAUUUCGACGACUUCUUAGGCCAAUUUUUUUGAAGAUUUUCAGGCAAACAAUGGCCUCAAUUAGUCCUAAAGUAAAGUAAAAUACGCUUCACAAACUUCACCCCCAAUUGUCAUCAAAAAUUUUAACAAAAAUUUUUUAUAACCUGACCUCUUGACGCGUUCCUCUCGCAUCGGGCAUCAUUAAAUCACUAAAUUUCGCGACAAUUUCAGCCGCAACUUCUCAUUCCUCGGCCACAAUUUUCCCAAUCAUCGACUCGGCUUCCAAGAACAUGCGGCGGAAAGCGCGGGUGUCGGCUUUGACCACCGCUCCCCUCACGAAUGGCUCCGUCAGCGGGGAAGAAGUUAAGGAUCUGCCUCCUCCGGAAAGUCAUCUUUACGACGCCGAAAUGGACGAGUUUCGGCAAUUAUUUGAUAUGUUCGAUGCGGAUGGAAGUGGAGCCAUUGGAAACGAGGAAUUAAAAGAGGCCAUUAUGAGCCUGGGACAGAACAUUUCGGAUCAGGAGAUUGAGGAUUUGAUUAAAGAGGUGAGUUGGUACGAAAUUUGCGCAGUCUUUCAUUCAAUGACAAUGACAAAAAGGGUGAAUUGCUCGAAGCGAUAAGCUCCGAUUUCCCUCGAAUUUUACACGCAUGAUCUGUCUAGUAGAAAAAUCAACUAGCCAACAAAUUUUUAGCUUCAGCUUUCCAAAUGCAGCUAAGAUAUUCAACGAUCUUUACGAACAAAAGAGUGCGCGAAUUGAGGAGCGUGAACAGAGAGAGUGGUACUCUUUUGCCAGGCCGCCGAAUACUCGGAAAUACUCGUAAUACACUUAGAUUGCGAUGAAAAUUGCUCAUAUUUAGGUUAAGUAUUUCUGAAACAUACGCGAGAUUUCUCGCCAGCAUUUUGCAGAAAUAAUCGAGAUUUUUUUGGAUCAAAAAUUGGCAAAAAUUCGAAAAUUUUUUGUACGUUUAAUGGGACUCUGUUUCUUAUGUGUUCUGUUCAAAAAGAUUCCUACAAAAAAUCAAUUUUUGCCGCGCAAAAUUUGCAAAGAAAAGGGUAAGAAACGGGUUUCUCUCUAGCCGCACUCCGCCUUUUGUGUACUCUCUCGGUUGCGCCUGCAAAGCGCGAGCUAAAAUUUUCAGAAAUUAAUUUAUGCCCUGGAUAGAUCAUGUAUGCAGAAUUGGAAGAAAAUUUGAGCUUUUCCCACUUUACAAUUACUACAGAAUAGAUAGUAAAUACUAAUACCACCCAAAAAAAUCCCAUUUUUUUCCGUUUCAAAAUUCUCCGUAAACAUUUAAUUACGCAUUAUUGUAGUCUGAAAUACAUAAGAAAUGAAAGGGAUCAAGUGAAUUUACGUCAAUCGGAAGGCAUUCCAACAAUUGUUUAGUAAUCCCCUAGAAUAAGAUAAUGUGAAUAAAAAAUGCGCGAAAUUAAUGCUCGCAUGCCCAUUCUUCGUAUUUUUAGAACGUUUUGAGAGCGUGUUGGAUCCAUUUCCAAAAUUUUGAAGCUGUAAAGCUUUCAAAUUCCCAUUAUUAAUCUUCAGAAUUGGGACUGGGCUAUUUGUUCUCGCUUAAUUUUGGCUAUUCUUUGUUGAGGAUUGAUCUUACUGUAUUAAUCAACUUUCAGGUGGACGAAGACGGUAACGGUGAGAUUGACUUUGACGAAUUCUGUCGCUGCAUGAGGAAAUCACAGAGAAUGAAGCUGGCGAGUAAUGAGGAGUUCGUGAAACAGUGCUUUAGUGUGUUCGAUCAGGAUGGGAAUGGAGUCAUUACGAAAAAUGAAUUCAAAGUAGGUUCUUGAGGAGUUACUGGGGUAGAAAACUGAUAAUUUUUAUCAUACGGGCUCUGAAAUACAGUGACGGAUCUUGUCCUGUGGCAAAAAACGUACCAUUUUGCAUCCGGGAAGUAUCACAAAAUGUGGCAAAAUGCAUCCCUCUCCAACUAAAAAGACUCCUUUUUUAAGGGCGCAGUCUUCUCCUCACAAAAAAGGCAGGCGAACUUUUUACGAAAUCGGAGUUUUUUCGCUUGGAGAAGGAGGUAUUUUUCAAGGUUUUUGAUACUUCCCGGAUGCAAAAUGGUACGUUUUUUACCGCUGGAUCAGGUCCGCCACUGUAUGUAGGGCAGAAUUUUAAACUUGAUCUUAAUUUAACGAUGAAUUAGAGUCUUGUUAUAGGGUUGGAGUGUUCAGAUUUGCAUUAGAUUUUAUACAUCUUCCUCACUUUUCGAUGGGACACGAAAUUUUCAGCGGCCUUCUUUGCGAGUGAGCACGCAAAAUUAGGAGAGUCGACUAGACGAAAAGUGAUUCUUGCCUAUAACUUUUUUGCUUCUGCAGGCAAAUAUUUUGAUUUUUUGUAGAAACAUUAUACACCCUGCUAGUAAUUGAACCAUUAAUUUCUAACUCUAAAAUCUUUUAAAAAAUUAUUAUUUUUUGGCAAUUUCCUAUCAAAAAAAAGUACGGAAGAGAUCUUCUGCGGUUUUAUCUUCAGAAAUUACUGUUGUUUCAUUAAUCUAUUUUACUUUCAGUACAUCGCCAAAGAGAUUGGCGGCUUCACGGACGAGUUGGCGGAGAAUAUUUUCCAAGAACUGGACGUCUCCGCCAACGGUCAUCUGAGUGCGGAUCAAUUCGCAGCGAUCGUUGAGGAUUACAUGUUGAAUGAUCAGGGUCGUCUUUACGACGAGAAAAUCACGGGUCCACAGAGAGUGUAA